AAUUAUAUUUUCUUGUCAAUUUAAUAAACACAGAUUUCAUUUCGCAAAUAUUUCCCUCCCUAACACGUCCUAUAUAUCUCAGCGGUGUAGUAUAUAAUAUAAAGUGCUUGUUCAUGAAGUCGUGAUCAUACACAUAGAUACACACAUACGUUACAUACAUACAUACAUACAUACAUACAUACACAGAGACACAAACUAAGAGGAUGUGGAAGUUGAAGAUAGGAGAGGGAAGGAAAGAGGACACUGAUUACUUGUACAGUACGAACAACUUCCUCGGACGACAGACUUGGGAGUUCGAUCCCGACGCCGCUUCGCCGGAGGAACUCGUCGCCGUCGAGGAGUCUCGCCGGAAUUUCUUCAAGAACCGUUCUCGUGUUAAAGCUAGCAGCGACCUUUUAUGGAGAAUGCAGUUUCUAAAGGAGAAGAAAUUCGAGCAACUGAUUCCGCCGGUGAAGGUUGGAGACGCCGAGAAGAUAACGCACGAAACGCUGACCAAUGCGUUACGGAGAGGAGUCCGACUCUUCUCCGCGUUGCAGUCCGACGACGGCCACUGGCCGGCUGAAAACGCCGGUCCUUUGUUCUUCCUCCCGCCGUUGGUAUUCUGUCUGUACAUCACAGGGUAUCUUGAUGAGGUAUUCACUGCAGAGCAUCGAAAAGAAGCCCUCCGAUACAUAUACUGUCACCAGAACGAGGAUGGAGGAUGGGGACUACACAUAGAAGGUCACAGCACAAUGUUCUGCACUGCCCUGAAUUACAUAUGUAUGCGUAUACUUGGAGAAGGUCCGGAUGGAGGACGAGAAAACGCUUGCAGAAGGGCCCGACAAUGGAUUCUUGGCCAUGGCGGCGUAACGUACAUUCCUUCUUGGGGAAAAGCUUGGCUUUCGAUACUCGGUGUCUUUGAUUGGUCUGGAAGCAAUCCGAUGCCCCCUGAGUUCUGGAUCCUUCCUUCCUUUCUUCCGAUACAUCCUGCAAAGAUGUUGUGCAACUGUCGGAUGGUUUACAUGCCUUUGUCGUAUCUUUACGGAAAGAGAUUUGCAGCUCAAAUAACACCUCUUAUUCUGCAACUACGUGAGGAACUGUACUUACAGCCUUAUGAAACAAUCAACUGGAACAAAGCUCGUCAUCUAUGUGCAAAGGUAGAUUUGUACUAUCCCCAUCCUUUGAUUCAAGAUCUUAUAUGGGACUGUCUUCAUACCUUAAUGGAGCCUUUCCUUACACGUUGGCCAUUUAACAAGCUUCUUAGGGAAAAGGCUCUUAAGGUGGCAAUGGAACACAUACAUUAUGAAGAUGAGAAUAGCCGUUAUAUCACCUUGGGAUGCGUUGAAAAGGCACUAUGCAUGUUGGCUUGUUGGGUUGAAGAUCCGAAUGGGGAUUAUUUCAAGAAACACCUUGCUAGAAUCCCUGAUUACUUGUGGGUUGCAGAAGACGGAAUGAAAAUGCAGAGCUUUGGAAGUCAGCUAUGGGAUACAGGGUUUGCGAUUCAAGCUCUAUUAGCAAGUAACCUCUCCAAUGAAAUCUCCGAUGUACUCAAGAGGGGACACAACUUCAUAAAGAUGUCUCAGGUUACAGAGAAUCCUUCUGAUGACUUCAAGAGCAUGUACCGUCAUAUUUCCAAAGGGGCAUGGACUUUCUCAGACCGAGAUCAUGGAUGGCAAGUUUCAGACUGCACGGCUGAUGGCUUAAAGUGUUGCCUGAUGCUGUCAACUAUGCCGCCGGACAUGGUAGGCCCCAAAAUGGAUCCCGAGCGACUCUAUGAUUCUGUUAAUAUCAUAUUGUCUUUACAGAGCAAGAAUGGAGGUGUGACUGCAUGGGAGCCGGCCCGUGCAUAUGGAUGGUUAGAAUUGUUCAAUCCCACGGAGUUUUUCGCCGACACUUUGAUUGAGUAUCAGUAUGCCGAAUGUACUUCAUCAGCAAUCCAAGCAUUGGUUCUGUUCCGGAAACUGUACCCAGAUCACAGGACAAAAGAGAUCAAUACCUUUAUCGAGAAAGCAGUGGAAUACAUACAACGCAUGCAAAUGCCUAAUGGUUCAUGGUAUGGAAGCUGGGGAGUUUGCUUCACAUACGGUACAUGGUUUGCUCUUGCAGGCCUAGCAGCCGCUGGUAAGACUUAUGACAACUGUCUUGUUACACGUAAAGGCGUUCAUUUCCUUCUUACAACACAGAAAGAUAAUGGAGGUUGGGGAGAAAGCUAUCUAUCAUGCCCUGAAAAGAGAUAUGUGCAACUAGACGGGGAAAAAUCAAACCUUGUCCAAACCUCGUGGGCUAUGAUGGGUCUACUUCAUUCGGGACAGGGUGAGAGAGAUCCGGAGCCUCUUCACCGUGCUGCAAAGCUGAUCAUCAAUUCUCAGUUGGAAAGCGGAGAUUUUCCUCAACAUGAGAUAACGGGGGCGUUCAUGAAGAACUGCAUGUUGCACUACAGUGCUUACAGAAACACCUUCCCAUUGUGGGCUCUUGCUGAGUAUCGCAGACGAGUUUCGUCGUUUCCCAUGUGAUGAAGUUGCAGAGCUUCCUGUCUGAAUGAGAAGUAAAGUAGUUGUGCAUGUAAACCGUCCGGCAGUAGCGCCACAUCUUUGCUGCAGUUAUCAGUUAAAUCAUAUCAAAACCAAAUGCGGCAUGAGAAAUCACAAUUUCAAAUCAGAGAGGGAAAGAACAUAUUGCUGAACCACACGCAUUUGUUUUAAUGUUCAACUCAGAAAACAAAAGAAGAACACUUUGUGUUAGACAAUCACUUACUCUUCUCCAUUAUUCUUAUCUGA